UAGUGUUGCGGAAGUCUGGUCUAUUUUUGUGGCUGGAUUCUUUGAUAAAUAAUACCCUUAUUUUUUUUUUCUGCUGGGGCUAUUCAAUGAAGAACGGUGAAAAUAAGAAUGAGUGAUAUUGGAAGGACAUUUAUUCGAAUGUACAAGAGGAUGCCUUGGUUUUUUCAGUACAUAUCCUUAUUGUUACCACUAGCAAUGUCCAUGGUAGAUGUGGUGGACAGUGGGAACCGCUUACCAUUUUACUGGAAUGCUUCCAACCCAAUUUUUAGACCAGAAAAUCAGAAACUACGAGUAAAUCUUGGAGACCGAGUAAAUAUCAUCUGUCCGAACUACAAGUCAUAUACUCAUGAAAGUGAAAUGGAAUAUUACUCAAUAUACAUGGUAUCAAAAACUGAAUAUGAGGAAUGCGUAAUUUAUGAUCCCAAAAAUGCAAUUCGGUUACUGCGGUGCUUAAAGUCCAACGACACAACAUUAUUCACACUUCAUGUCCGCGAGUUCCAGCCAUUUCCCUUUGUUCCAGACUUUGAAGCUGGCAAGAGCUACUACAUUGUCACAACAUCUGAAGGUACAUAUAGCGGCCUCGACAAUCAGUGGGGUGGUGCAUGCAAACACAAAGGAAUGCGUUUGAAACUGGACAUCUGCUGCUCUUCAACCACGGCAUCUCCAGGAGGCAAAAGCCAUACGAAAUCUUCGAGGAGACAUACAACAGUGACGCCGGUGAGUUAUCCAAAGCAAACUACUUCAACUCUGAGGAGAGUAAAGAUGACCACCACACCGAUUAUUUCCACCACCACCACCACAACGAAACUUCCUAUUAGUACAACCACUGUCUACAGGAAAACAAUUCAUAGCUAUGACACAAAAAUCAUUGAAGCAGACUUCGACAAGCAAAGCCCUGGCAUAACCAAACAGAAUUCUGAAAUUAAUGCGACUGGCCCUAAGAAUAUGGGACUUAUAAACAGUUCUGGGUUUCCACGCUGCUCUUGGACUCUGUUGUUCGCACUUAUCCAUGUCUGCCAAUGGGUGCUUCUAUCACGAUAGUCCCCUGCUUAGGAACUGGUUUCUUAUAAGUGUCAAAAGGCACUUUCCAAAAUAAUAAAUACAUACAUACAUGCAUACGUACAUACAUAAACACACAUGUAUAUGUAUAUUCAUACAUGCACACCUUACCACAAUUGCUGAGAAAAAAUGAAAAAAAUUUUUUUUUUCCCAUCCUUUCCACUCCACCCCCAUCCCCCCACAUGCAAGGAAGCUGCUGCUGCUGCUGCUGCAAUGUACACCUGCUGCCGCUGCUGCUGUUGCUGCUAACUUUUAUUCCCUUAACAUGUCUUAUGACUUCUUUGACACUGCAUGGAUGCAUGCACAGACGGAUGCAUGCACGACUGGAUGGAGGGAUGGAUGGAUGGACGGAUGGACGGGUGGAUGGAUGCCUGGUUAAAAAAAAGAAAAAUGAAACUAAAAAUAACAACAAAUAAAUAAACAAACAAACAAACCAACAAAGAAACAAACCAGAAAAAAGAUGGACCGAUGAAUGCAUGGACGUAUGAUGUAUGGAUGUAUGUCACUGCU